AUGAUGUCCUAUUAAAUGCCCUUUGAAGUUUAGUUACUCUUUUGAUAUACCAAGGUCAAACGAGAGUUCUUUACACGUUCGUGCACUUUUCACGUAGUAUCUCUUAUGGUAUAGAUCAUCUAAUACUUAGCAAAACAUGGAUUUAAACCUUAAAGAUUGUUUGAAGAUUGGAGCCACUGGACUAUCCGGUUUGUUUGCCGGAUGUGCGCUAUACAUUAACGCAGCCGGUCACCCGGCGGGUCAAACACUUGAUUUGCCAAACUGUCGAAAAGAUUGGAAAGAAAAUUUCCUUAGAGCAAAAAAUUUACAGGGGCCUAUGGCCGGACUAGGAGCUCUUGCAGGUGCUGGUGCAUACUAUUUAGAUAAGGAUUCGGACACGAGGUCGCUAUGGCUGAUUGGUUCAAGUAUUUUUAUUUGUGUAUGGCCCUGGACCCUGAUUGUUAUGUUACCUGACAUCAAGAAGAAUCUUCAGGAUGACGUCAUUGAAACGGCAGGUGAAACCUGGGUAAAGAAUCACAUCAUACGAUGGAACAAACAGCACGGUGUUAGAACAUUUCUGAGUUGUACAGCUUUUGGAAUAUUCUUAUACGCUCUAUCUCGGAAAUAGAUUUACUCUAACUUUAUUAGUAACUACUAAAUUAGAACUAUUACGUGAACUUAUUGGGAGUAGCUCAAAUGCUUAUUUUUUACAUGUAUGCUAGUCGACGGUGUACCUCAAAUUUGUAACUUCUUUCCCAGUGUGCAGGAUUCUUGUUUAUCCCGUAUCUUUUAUAAAUAUUUGCCGCAGCUCUUUCUGUAUAAUAACUUAAGUGUUUGGCUUUUACAUAAGGUCUUUGAUCAGAUGCAACGUUAAGUAUACCUUGUUGGCGAAUAAAUAUAAUAAUAUA